CUUUAAAAUACUCUUAAACAAAUUAGGAGAGAGGAAGUCUUCGUAUAUAAAAACCCAACUCCCAAAUUCCAUUUCUUACAAACCCCAUUCACUUCAGAAUUAAAAUUUGAUAUUUUUGUAAAAUGGUUGCAAUUUCUAGCAUCGGAGUGUUGCCGGAGGACUGUGUAUCGGCGAUUCUGUCACUCACAACUCCCUCCGACGCCGGGAAAUUGGCCCUCGUGUCGUCGAUGUUUCGCUCGGCGGCGGAAUCCGACGUCGUUUGGGGGAGAUUUUUGCCGGAAAACUACGAGGAAAUUGUGGCGGCGUCUGAAAUAUCCGGUGAGGCUCCGUUGAGUUCGAAGAGAGAGGCUUUCUUCAGGCUGUGUUCUCCGAUCCUUGUGGAAGAGGGUAAAAAGAGUUUCGAAUUGGAGAAGUUAUCGGGGAAAAUUAUAUAUAUGUUAUCAGCAAGAGAAUUGGGAAUUACAUGGAGCUCUGAUCCUCUUUGUUGGAGUUGGAAAUCUCAUCCUCAAUCAAAAUUCCCAGAAGUGGUGGAGCUUAGAACAGUGAGUUGGUUGGAAAUUAAAGGGGAAAUAAGAACCAAAAUGCUAUCUCCAAACACAAAAUAUGGAGCAUACCUUUUGUUCAACAUUUCAGAGAGAGCUUAUGGAUUAGAUUUGAUGCCAACUCAACUUUCUCUUCAAUUACUUCCAAAUAAUCAACCAAACAAUUGUAAUGAUAAUAAUUCAGAAGCCUACGUUUGGUUGCACCGUAAACAUAAACAUCAUGAAAAGAACCAAAGUUUGGAGUCUUUGUUAUAUGGUAAUAGAAGGGAAAGAGCCAGUAAGUUGUUACAGAAUCAUCUUGAGAAUAAGGAAUUUAGGGUUUUGAGUGAAAGAGAAGACGGGUGGUUGGAGAUUGAAUUGGGUGAAUUUUUCACAACGCAAAAAGACGAACAAGUCCACAUGAGUUUCAUGGAAACCAAAGGCUUUCAGCUCAAAUCUGGUCUUCUUAUUCAAGGCAUUCAAAUCAGACCUAAACAUUGAGAUCACGAACUCAAUUUCCGAUCAUAGUUUAGUAGAUAAAUCACACACUACAAUUGCCUUUUGGUCUACAAUUUGUUGAUUUGAAAAAGAGAAUAACAAAUAAUAGUUGUUGAUUAUUGAUUA